GGGAGCGCGGCGGGCGGCCAGGCGGUGGCGGCGGCCGGGGAGCGGGCAGUGCUCGAAAGGAGUGAAUGAAAUGUGCAGCACGGGGUGUCAGUUCUGAAGGGAGGAGUCGUUUUCUUGGAGAGGAGUCCUCAAUGAGCCUGGCCGAGGCCCGGGAUCUGUGUGUAGUGGACUAAGGAUUUAGUAGGAUGUCAACUGAGACAGAACUUCAAGUAGCUGUGAAAACCAGCGCCAAGAAAGACUCCAGAAAGAAAGGUCAGGAUCGCAGUGAAGCCACUUUGAUAAAGAGGUUUAAAGGUGAGGGGGUCCGAUACAAGGCCAAACUGAUCGGGAUUGAUGAGGUUUCCGCAGCUCGGGGAGACAAGUUAUGCCAGGACUCCAUGAUGAAACUCAAGGGUGUUGUUGCUGGCGCUCGUUCCAAAGGAGAACACAAACAGAAAAUCUUUUUAACCAUCUCCUUUGGAGGAAUCAAAAUCUUUGAUGAGAAGACAGGGGCCCUUCAGCAUCAUCAUGCUGUUCACGAAAUUUCCUACAUCGCCAAGGACAUUACAGAUCACCGGGCCUUCGGAUACGUUUGUGGGAAAGAAGGGAAUCACAGAUUUGUGGCCAUAAAAACAGCCCAGGCGGCUGAACCUGUUAUUCUGGACUUGAGAGAUCUCUUUCAACUUAUUUAUGAAUUGAAGCAAAGAGAAGAACUGGAAAAAAAGGCACAAAAGGAUAAGCAGUGCGAACAAGCUGUGUAUCAGGUUCCCACCAGCCAAAAGAAGGAAGGUGUUUAUGAUGUGCCAAAAAGUCAACCUGUAAGUAAUGGUGGUGCACUUGAGGAUUUUGAAGAGCGGUUUGCCGCGGCCACCCCGAACAGAAACCUGCCGAUGGACUUUGAUGAGAUUUUUGAGGCAACAAAGGCUGUGACCCAAUUAGAACUUUUUGGGGACAUGUCCACCCCUCCUGAUAUAACCUCUCCCCCCACUCCUGCAACUCCAGGUGAUGCCUUUAUCCCGUCUUCAUCUCAGACACUUCCGGCGAGUGCAGAUAUGUUUGGUUCUGUACCUUUUGGCACUGCUGCUGUACCCUCAGGUUAUGUUGCAAUGGGCGCUGUCCUCCCAUCCUUCUGGGGCCAGCAGCCCCUUGUCCAACAGCAGAUCGCCAUGGGUGCUCAGCCACCAGUCGCUCAGGUGAUGCCGGGGGCUCAGCCCAUCGCAUGGGGCCAGCCGGGUCUCUUCCCUGCCACUCAGCAGCCCUGGCCCACCGUGGCCGGGCAGUUUCCGCCAGCCGCCUUCAUGCCCACACAAACUGUUAUGCCUUUGCCAGCUGCCAUGUUCCAAGGUCCCCUCACCCCCCUUGCAACCGUCCCAGCCACGGGUGACUCCGCCAGGUCAAGUCCACAGACCGACAAGCCCAGGCAGAAAAUGGGGAAAGAAAUGUUUAAGGAUUUCCAAAUGGCCCAGCCUCCGCCCGUGCCCUCCCGCAAGCCCGACCAGCCCUCCCUCACCUGCACCUCAGAGGCCUUCUCCAGUUACUUCAACAAAGUCGGGGUGGCACAGGAUACGGACGACUGUGAUGACUUUGACAUCUCCCAGUUGAAUUUGACGCCUGUGACUUCUACCACUCCAUCCACCAACUCACCUCCAACCCCAGCCCCGAGACAGAGCUCUCCAUCCAAAUCAUCUGCAUCCCAUGCCAGUGAUCCGACUACUGAUGACAUCUUCGAAGAGGGCUUUGAAAGUCCCAGCAAAAGCGAAGAGCAAGAAGCUGAGCUGGAGCCUCUCUAUGCGCAGAUCAACAGAUCUAAGAAAUAGCGUCAGUGCGGGCUUGUGGCAGGUGCUUCGGGACUGGCAUGGAAAUCAGCAUUGCGACAGGCUCUCUUGUAUUCUUUCACCUCACCUCAUCCCACGAAGAAAUUCAUGAUUACCCAAUGGAAUUCGUUUGGAAGAGGGAACUAAGAGUUUUUGGCAACCACUGGCAGAUAUCUAUGGCAGCACAAAAACAAACACACAAAAGUAUAAAAACAUCAUACCCAACAUCAAAUCACAAAUCAAGCACGUGCUUACCUGACAAAUACUCUAAGCUCUCCUAGUGUGGGUUUAAGAUGACCCAGCCUGCGAAACCAUAAUUCUGUUUUUAUUUCUCUACCUGUUGACCACUGUAAAGACAUCAAAUUUGGAGUGGCAGACCUCAUAGCAUUACAUCAGGGUUGGCAGUGACGUCCUUUAGGCAAAAGUAAGAGGUCCUCCGUCACCACAAGACCAUUAUCCAUAUGUCUUUCCACAUAGGAUGCUUUAUUUGCAUCGUUCCUCAAGGCCUGGCCUGCCGUGUUUUCCCCUUUCUUUGUCAUGUUUGAAAAUUAAUGGGUGUACAAAUUUUUGUAUUGCUUUCAACUUUUUUUAGAUAUUGGUGAAGAAAUCUAACUAGGAAAAAAAAAAAGAAAGCCUCAUAUGAAAUGAAUUAACUUGAAAUCACAAGACAAAUAAGUGGUUGGUGAUUCUUCUUGAUCAAGGAUGUUGCCAAAACAACCCUUUAGCUCUUCUGCAUCCUGGUGAAGAAAGACAGCUUUCGUUCGGCUUAACUUUCACUCUGUGAGUAGGAAAGGACAUCGAAUCCCAUUGAUGAGAAAGAUGAAAGAUGCAUCUGAUUUCCUCAGAAGCUCUAAACUCUAAGUCCAGUAAAAUGAGAUUUUUUAUUUUUCCGAUCUCUUGCUGCUGUGAUGCUAUGCAGACAAGUGUCUUCUCCAUGUGCCAUUUUCAAAGAAAAGUCGUUUGCCAAAUAAUUCUGGUACAAUCCUGGUAAUGUGGUUUGGGAUCUUAAAAACACUUUCUAAUGGAACAAUGGUGACAUGAAUAUUCAGAGUUACAAACUGAUUCCAUAGUCAUGAUGGUUCAUCUCUCUUUUUGUACAUCAGAAAAUUCAAAUGGGAUUUUUAUUUUAUAACUUGGAAAAA